AUUUUUCUUACCUGUUGUCUUUAAUCCCUAGAUUCCCAAAUAACAAAUCCCUAAAAAUCAAAAUCAAAAAACCUAAAAAUAUAAAUAAAAAACCAAAGUAUUCUUUCUGAUUUGUUUCUUUUUGAUAUUAAGCUACCAUGGUUGCUUUCAUCUUGGUUUGUGGGUCUGAUCCAGAAAAGGAGGAGCUAAACUCAUCUACUGCAACGCUUAAAGAAUCGACGAAUGGAUUAUGUUCUAUUGGGCAGAUAGAGGAGAAAAUCAGUGAUUAGGCCAUGGUGUUUGGAGUGUUAGUAGAGGCUCGGGUUUGCCUGAGGACUAUCCAGGGAAGUUGGAUGAUGGAGCAAAAGCACUGUAUCGGAUGGCCACAAAAUCAUCAUAGAGUUGAUCUAGAGGGAGCAUUCUUCUUCAUUCUGUUGAUUCUCUGCGUUUUGUCUUCAACCCAAUACAUUGGCCAUGCACAGGGGCAACAAUUUAAUGUUACUGAUUUUGGUGCUGUCGGUGACGGAAAAGCUGAUGAUUCUCAGGCCUUCUUAAGUGCAUGGAAUGAAUCAUGUGAGACCAAUGGAAAGUCCAUGCCGACCAUGCAAGUACCAGCAGGAAAGACUUUCUUGGUUAAGCAAGUCAAAUUUGCUGGCCCAUGCAAAUCUUCAAGCGUUCAAAUCCAGGGUAUUACUUAAUAAAUUUAUAUAAUUAGGCUUACCUUGUGAGUUUGUACUUGGAUUAUUUUCACUUUAAUCUUCAAAUUAUUUUUGAGCCUUUCUUUUAUCUCUUACUUUCAAAAUUAAAAGUAAUUUAAUUUU